AUGACGAAGAUACGGUUCAUUCUGGGUGUGAUUACUUUACUAUCUACUCUAGUUCAUGCUGCGUCUACGGGAAAUUACCACAUACCUCGUGUCAGAAGACAGUCGACAGACCGACUCGUAUUUGCUCACUUUAUGAUUGGAAUUGUGAGCAACAGAAAGAGCGCGUCAGACUUUGACGAUGACAUGAAGCGGGCCAAGUCUCUGGGAAUUGACGCAUUCGCUCUGAACAUUGGCGUGGACCCCUACACUGACCAACAACUUCAACUGGCAUACGAAUCGGCUGCCAACAAUGACAUGAAAGUCUUCCUAUCAUUCGAUUUCAACUGGUGGCAUAUUGAACAGGCUACUGAAAUUGGCCAGAAGAUUGCCCAGUAUGGUACCAAACCUGCGCAACUUAUCGUCGAUGACAAGGUGUUUGUUUCAUCAUUCGCCGGCGAUGGACUGGAUGUUGCAGCUUUGCGAGCCGCAGUGGGAAGAUCAAUAUUUUUCGCACCCAAUUUCCAUCCAUCUACUGGAACAGACAUCUCGCCAGUUGACGGGCUAUUGAACUGGAUGGCCUGGCCAAACAACGGAAAUAACAAAGCCCCAACUCCAGGUCACAAUAUUUCUGUAGCCGACGGAGAUGAUGAAUACGUCAACGCCCUUGGCGGAAAAGCUUAUAUUGCCCCUGUAUCCCCGUGGUUUUUCACGCAUUUCGGACCAGAGGUUUCUUAUAGCAAGAAUUGGAACUUCCCAUCUGAUCUCCUAUGGUUUAACAGAUGGAAUGAGAUUCUUGCGUUGAAACCGAGAUUUAUCGAGAUUGUGACAUGGAAUGACUAUGGAGAGUCUCAUUACAUUGGUCCUUUGAACUCACCACAUACUGACGACGGGGCCUCAAAAUGGGUCAAUGACAUGCCUCAUGACGGGUGGCUUGACAUUUCGAAACCAUAUAUCGCUGCGUUCAAAGCAGGCCAGUCGUCCCCCGACAACCAUAUAUCAUCUGAUGAGCUGGUGUACUGGUAUCGACCUGCACCACGUGGGGUGGACUGCGACUCUACGGAUACUUGCAUGGUACCAGCAAACAAUGGGAGUGGAAACUAUUUCAUGGGUCGUCCGGAUGGCUGGGAGUCCAUGGCGGAUUCUGUCUUCGUUGUUUCGUUGCUUACAUCCCCAGCCACGGUGCAGGUCAAUAGCGGCGGGACUGUCUAUAAUUACGACGCACCAGCAGGUGCAAGUGCAAAGGAGGUGCCGAUGGGAGUUGGCUCGCAAAGCUUUACGGUAAUUCGUGAUGGGCAAACUAUUCUGUCAGGGACCAGUUUGAAGGAGAUUAUCAAUGACUGCGUGUGUGGUCUGUAUAACUUCAACGCCUAUGUCGGAACCCUUCCUGCGGGAUUUGAUGAUCCCCUCCAGCAAGAUGGACUCUCGGCCUUUACACAGGGCUUGCGUAUCCAUACAUGUCAACCGACUCCCUCAUUAGGCACAGUACCCCCAGCUCCCCCAUCUUCAAACUCUCAGUCCAUCACCUUCUACUCCUCCAAACGGUGGCAGUGGAGAUAA